AUGACCAACAAAUCUUACCUUGCAGACAACGCCUCUAACAAUGACGAAAAAGGAGAGGACAAUGAAGCUCAGCAGAAUUUCAAACUGAACACGUUUCCCCAGUCCCCGGAUGUAAAAAUAAAUGUAAUAAAGGACGAGACAGGAGUAAGUGACCGUAAAUAUGAAAUGCCGCCGAGUGUUGGUGAAGACACAUCUAAUGAUGGUGAAGAUAUAACUAGGAGAGUACAAAUAGACGGUUCUCCGAUUGACUUCCGGUCCAAUCCGGAACUGUACGGAGACCGGGAUCUUGAGGAUUAUGGGAAACGAAAACAGCGACGCUAUAGGACGACAUUUACUAGCUUUCAACUGGAGGAAUUAGAGAGAGCUUUUCAGAAAACACACUAUCCCGAUGUUUUUAUGAGAGAGGAGCUAGCAAUGAGAAUAGAUCUAACCGAGGCAAGAGUACAGGUUUGGUUCCAAAACCGCAGAGCGAAAUGGAGAAAGAAGGAAAAGGUUGGACCGCAGUGUCACCCUUACAGCCCUUAUAUGGGGUACCCGACCCCAGGGAUGGCACUAGGACCCCGACCGAUCGUCCCGUCCCCUCAAAGCUACACAGAUCUUUUAUUCAAAGCUUAUCACUCUCAGAUUCAAGGUAGAAAUGCGCGCACUUUUGGACAGACACCAUCUGUUUCCAGUUUUUACGGGACACAACAUUUGAUGUCACCAGAAAUAUACAGUCUCGCCAUGCGCGGUUUGAUGUAUCCUCCGAACUUUGUGAAACUAACGCCCCCUACACCAGACAUAUCAUUCCAGAAUCUUUUAGCAGAACUCAGUGUCAAAUCAAAGUCCACUUCAGAACGGGUGUCAUUUUCGCCGAUUUUGGAGAACGAGAGAAACUCCUUACUUGGAAACUCGAGGCAAAAGUGUGUUCGAGAUACCGACGAACGUUCGGAUGAUAUAAAUCAACCUUUGACUCCGUGACGUCAGAGGCAUGAUUAGUCGAUAUCAAACGCCACGUUCAGUGCAAUACGUUUUA